CCACCGAGCUCGGAAUGGUCACAGUCGCAACACACGGUGGAGGUGUCCUGCGCCCCCGCGCUGUCAGGCAGGCUCCGAUCCCCGCUCCACUCUGGCUGGCCUCUGCCGCUUGCCUUGCCUCCAUGCAUUUACUAUUUAGCCGAGGUGCGGAUGGAUGGCAAGUUGGCAACAGCGUCCUCCUCCCGCGUGCUCUCCACUCCCAGACCCCGGGGACUACAAGGGCACUGGGCUAGGUCCGUUGGCAACAGCCGCCACACUGCUCCGCUCUGCUCUCUGGAGGCAUUGCCUGCCUCGAGUUGUCAUGGCGGCAGCGGGGACGCAGCUGGGUCGGCUCCUUGUUGGCGGCCUCUGGCUCCUGGCCGCGUUGCUGCAGCGGGGCGCUGCGGCGGCAGUGGCCGCCGUGGAUGGGCGGCGCGCCAUCGCAGCGACUGGGGAGAACUUCGUGUGCGCGACAUUGGACUGGUGGCCGCCGGACAAGUGCGACUAUGGCACCUGCCCCUGGGGCCGCGCCGGCCUGCUCAACCUGGAUCUCUCCAACAAGGUCCUCCUCAACGCCGUCAGAGGACAAGGUGGUGUACGGCACCGCGGACCUCGGGCGGCCGUGCGCGCCGUUCGCCAAGAACGCGUCGGAGAUGCACGGCUUCACGCAGGGCUGCCUGACCCUGCGCAGGUGGGACGAGCUCAACGCCUUCUUCCAGAAAUCUGGUGCCAGGAUCGUGUUCGGGAUCAACGCGCUAAAUGGCCGUGUUCCGUUGCCGGAUGGAUCCAUGGGAGGGCCAUGGGAUUACACCAAUGCGGCGUCACUGAUUCGGUACACCGCAAACAAGGGCUACCGAAUCCAUGGAUGGGAGCUUGGUAAUGAACUCAGUGGCACUGGAGUCGGAGCUCGAGUUGGUGCGGAACAAUACGGUGCAGAUGUGAUCGCCCUAAAAACACUAGUCGACGACAUAUACGCAAGCCAUCCAUCGAAACCAUUGGUGCUUGCUCCUGGAGGAUUCUUUGACCAAGCCUGGUUUGCCCAACUUAUUGUCAGGACCAGGCCGAAUCUACUGGAUGUGAUCACUCACCACAUUUACAAUUUAGGGCCAGGAAGGGACACACAUCUGAUUGACAAGAUCCUCAAUCCAUCAGUCCUCGACGGGAUGAGAAGCACAUUCAGCAGUCUUCAGGGGCUACUGAAAUCCGCAGGAACUUCGACUGUCGCAUGGGUUGGCGAAGCUGGAGGCGCUUACAACAGCGGCCGGCACCUAGUCACUGAUGCAUUUGUGUUCAGCUUCUGGUUUUUAGAUCAGCUUGGGAUGUCAGCAAAGUAUGACACGAAGAGCUACUGCAGACAGAGUUUGAUUGGUGGCAACUACGGCCUGCUAAAUACCACAACGUUCCAACCAAACCCUGACUAUUACAGUGCUUUACUGUGGCAUCGCCUCAUGGGAACCAAAGUUCUAGCAACAACGUUCAGCGGCACGAACAAGAUCCGCGCAUACGCACACUGCGCAAGAGAUUCACCAGGAAUCACUCUACUGCUGAUCAAUCUCAGCGGCAACACCACGACGCAGGUCUCGGUGAGUGUGACGACCCAAGGGGCCGUGGCGGCGCACAAGCAUGGCGCAAGGAAGCACGUCGGCGGCAGGAAGUUCCGGCACGUCCACGUCCCCAGCUUCGACGAGGCCGCCGGCGGCGUGAGAGACGAGUACCAUCUCACCCCCAAGGACGGCAACCUGAGGAGCCAGAUCAUGCUGCUGAACGGCAGGGCGUUGGCCACCGACACAGCGGGGAACAUCCCCGCACUGGAGGCGGUGAAGAUGGAUGCGGCACAACCCAUCGCUGUGGCGCCCUACUCCAUCGUGUUCGCUCGCAUUUCACAUUUCAAUGCACCGGCAUGUAGUUAGAGUAGUUAGUGGGUACAGAUCAUAAUGGCAAGGGAGAGUUUGUUUUCCUUUUACUCCUUAGAAUUAUGUAAGGUUGAAGAAAUUAUGAUGAUCAACGAUGGGAAGGGGAAAAACUUAGAGUUGUAAAAGGUUGAAAGAAAUUAUGAUGGUCAACGAUGGGAAGAGGGAAAGUUAGAAAUGACAGUGGAAACUCAAUCCUCGAUUCACCAAACUCGAUUCACCAAGGGCAAUUUAAUCCGCGUGGUAAUUGAAAA